GCCGUCUUAUCUACAGAAGAGAGAGAGGAGAGAGGAUUUAUUCUCGAGUCACGCGUGGCCGUUUCAGGGUUCGCUUUUCAACGUCUCCGAUGAACCAGCUUGACUCUGGGACGAGGGAAAGCAGCAACCGACCAUCAAUUCAGCUCUUUUUCUAGUUUUUAAUGGUUUUUUUUUUGGCUCUGGGCUCGGCGAAAUUUUGUUCCGAGGUAGAGAGAGAGAGAGAGACUCAGCUACAUUCAAUACUUUUUUACUCGGGUUCGUUGUUGGGGGUUUAGGUUGCUUUUUAGUCUGUUGUGCCUGGAGCUUCUCUCUGCAGUUUGAACUAAAGCUUCAGUGUUUUGCUUAAAUAGGAACACCAGCUUCUCCUCAUCCAUGGAAUCCUGCAAACCCUUCUCCCAAGCACUCAUUUCUUCCAUCUCUUCCACCUCCAUGACUGAACCGGACAAUUCGAGGAAUGAGGCUUUUCAAUGCAGCUCUGAAAGGCCAAAUUCAGUUUCUGAGCUAGCUGUCAAGCCCCAGCAAGUUGUGGAUAGUCCCAAUGGAGUCAUCGGCUCUCUCGAAAUAUUUAUCCACCAAGCCAGAGACAUUCAAAACAUCUGUAUCUACCACAAGCAAGAUGUUUAUGCUAAGCUCUACCUCACUAAUAACCCUGAAUCUGCCAUCUCUACCAAGAUAAUUAAUGGCGGCGGCAGGAAUCCAAUUUUCAAUGAGAGUGCAAGUUUGAAUGUUGUAACUAUUGAUUCAUCUCUCAAAUGUGAGAUAUGGAUGCUUAGUAGGGCCAAGAACUAUCUCGGAGACCAGCUUCUCGGAUUCGCUCUUGUGCCUCUCUCUGAAGUCAUAGGCUAUGGCAAGCUGGCUCAGGAAUUCUCACUUUCUUCAACAGAUCUGUUUCAUUCUCCCUCAGGCUAUGUUCAGUUGUCUUUAUCUUACAAUGGCUCAUUGCCAGAAGUUAUGGUUAUCGCCAAACCGGUUGCAUCAGCAAUAGAAGUUGGUGGAUUGAAGAACUCAGCUAUUGAUGAUUCUAUUCCUUGUGAGUAUGAGAAGAUUGAGUUCCCUGAUUUGAAGGUUGUCAAUGAAAACAAGAUGAUGGUUUCAGAGUACUUUGGGAUUCCAUGCAACAAUUUGGAUUCUCAAAACAGCGAUGAUUGCUCCGAUAACUCCGAUAAGGACGCCGGUGUCAAGAUAGUUGAGAGUUUCUCAACAGAAAACAAUCAUGAUUCAUUUGAGUUUCUUGGAGAUGACACUCCCUUAAGUUGUGUUUCAAGUGAUGUGUCUUCUUUGAUGGCUCCUACAACCUCUGAAGCUAUUGCGGAGCCAUUGCAGUUACAGAAAAGUAAAGAAACAGAAGUUGCAGAGGAUGGUAGUGUUUCUUCUAAUUGUAGGCAAGAGAAGGCAUAUGUGAAGCCGCUCAUUGAAGUUAAUAUUGAGCCUGAACAGCCAGUGGUGCAGCAGGAGAUAGUUGAUAUAUACAUGAAAAGCAUGCAGGAGUUUACUGAGUCGUUGGCUAAUAUGAAGCUUCCAAUGGAUAUUGAGAACAGCAGUAGCAUCGACAAUGGUAAUGUUGUUUCAGGGAAGAAGUUGCAGGAGCCAAAGAAUGGGAGUGGUAGGGUUUUCUAUGGAAGUAGAGCAUUCUUUUGAAGCUAUGUUGCUCAUCCUUGAGAGGAAAGAGGUGAGCAAAUAUGUGGCAAGUUUGGCUUUCACAUUACUUUGUGUUUUGAACAAUGUGUGCUUUUUUUUUUUGUUUGCUAAGUAGGUCUGAAAUUGAGCUGACUUGUAGCUCUUGCCACUUUUUGCUCAGCACUUAUCAUGUAAUGUUAUCUUGUUUGCUUUUAUGAGUGAAUCUUAGUUUGCUAUUUAACAUUCAAAUGGUUUUAGUA